ACCCCUAACGGUAUUAAACUAUGCCGCAGUGGUUAGCACAUCUCGGUGCGUCUCAAAAGAAUAUUGGUCAAACCGGAAUCGGUUACCAAAUGCGAGGGGCAGUUGGAUCACUACUCGUCACAUUCUCACUCACUUGUAGUUUUACUAUUAUAAAACCCCAACAAGCACAGCUGUUCCACUUCUCCCGUAUAUCAUCAUCAUCAUCACUAUUACAAUCUCACUUUACUCCAAUCAAAUUCUACUAUUCCUCUCAAACCACCUCAAUUACUAUGGGCGCUAGCAAGGUCUCGCCGGACCACUUCACCGGAGCUUGGUACUCCGUUCCCGGUCUCCGUCUCCGUGAUCAUCGGUUCACUGUUCCUCUCGAUUACUCGCUUGCUCAGCAGUCUCCUUGUAUCACUGUCUUCGCUCGCGAGGUCGUUGCUGCUGGGAAGGAAGAUCAACAGCUACCAUACCUACUAUACUUACAAGGAGGUCCUGGUUUUGAGUCUCCACGACCAACUGAAGCCAGUGGAUGGAUAAGUAAAGCUUGCGAAGAUUACCGUCUUGUGCUGCUGGAUCAGCGAGGUACAGGCUUAUCAACUCCUCUAACAACGUCUUCUAUGUUGCAAGUGAAGUCUGCACAGGAUUUAGUUGAUUACAUAAAGCAUUUUCGAGCUGACAAUAUAGUCAAAGAUGCCGAAUUCAUUCGGAAACGUAUUGUUCCUGGUGGUGGUCCCUGGUCAAUAUUAGGGCAGAGCUUUGGUGGUUUCUGUGCAGUUACAUAUUUAAGUUAUGCACCGCAUGGCUUGAGUAAAGUUUUGAUGACUGGUGGAACUCCUCCACUUGGAGAUGGAUGUACAGCCGAUGCUAACUAUAGAACAUGCAUCAAACCAAUUCUUCUCCAAAAUGAGAAAUACUACAAGAGGUUUCCAGAGGAUAUUAAAAUUGUUCAGGAUAUUGUCCAACACCUUGCAGAGUCUGAAGGAGGCGGGGUUCCUCUCCCUUCAGGUGGCAUCUUAACUCCCAAGGGAUUACAACUUCUUGGUCUUUCAGGUUUAGGAGCCAGUACAGGCUUUGAGCGCUUGCAUUACAUGUUGGAGAGGGCGUGGGACCCUGUGUUAGUUCCUGGAGCCCAACAACGGAUCAGCUACUUCUUCUUGAAUUCUUUUGAGAAGUUUUUAUCUUUCGACACAAAUCCCUUGUAUGCUCUACUACACGAGGCCAUAUAUUGUCAGGGUUCUUCUUCACGGUGGUCUGCUCAUAGGAUCAGGGCUGAGAAUGAGGAUAAAUUUGAUGCAAUCAAAGCUGUCAGAGAAGGCCGUCCAGUAAUGUUCACUGGAGAGAUGAUAUUUCCUUGGAUGUUUGACGAGCUAAAUGCCUUGAAGCCUUUUAAAGAGGCUGCUCACUUGUUGGCUGAGAAGGAGGAUUGGCCUCCGCUGUAUGACAUUGAUACUCUGAAAAACAACAAGGUGCCUGUUGCAGCAGCUGCUUAUUAUGAAGAUAUGUUUGUCAACUUUCAGUUAGCAAUAGAGGCAGAGUCCAAGAUCGCAGGGAUGAGGUUGUUUGUGACAAAUGAGUACAUGCAUUCUGGUCUACGAGAUGGGCCAGUUCAUAUUUUGGAACAGUUGAUGGGAAUGUUGAAUGGGAAAAAACCCUUGUUUUGACAUGGGUUCUGGUUUAGCUGUCUUGUCCAUCAGCACUUCUAAUAUGAGUCCUUUAGUUUGAUUGAUGUUUUCAGUUCUGGGCUUGAGAUAAACUAACCACGAUAGUUGACAAUAUGUGUCAGGGACUGAGGGAAGAGGAAAUGAGGGUAUUUAGUGAUUCAUUUCUCUUCAACUAUUCUUUCUGAAAUGCCAGAAUAUUUGAAGAGAAAGGGGAGAACAUUUUAUUUUUGUUUAUGUUUAUUAAAAUUGUAAACAGAUGUUUGGGCCUAGUGUAUGGUUUAUGCUGGUAA